AUGGCGCCGCUCAACAACGACGGCCAUGGUCCGCUUCAGGUUCCAGGAUUCAACUCCAUCCCCCUGGAUUUCCAACUGCCCCUCGAGGCCCGCUUUGCCCAUGGGUUGAUUGGCUUUCGCCACUUGCAUCGGCUGACCAAGCGGGAGAUGGCCAUGCUCCGGCUCAUGUUACAUUGGUACCAAGACGCCAAGGAAGGAACUGAAGGGUUUCUUAUCAGUCCCGUCACAUGGGAUUGGUGCCUCGCGGAACUACGCGACAAAGCGGAGAUGUGGCAGACAACGGGCCAUCUCUUGGUUUUCGACAGCUCCUCUGCUUUGUGUCAGGCCGAUUUGUCAAAAUUGGCAGGAGAAUUGCAGACAGAGAUUGCCCAGCUAGGGUCGCAACAAGAUCAUGGUUCUCAUCUUGUCGAUCCAUCUCUAUUUCCGCUAGUGUACGACCGUUCACAUGUACUAGUCCAGGGUGGAGAGGUUUCCUUAGAAAACUUAUGGAAGUUACCUGGUCAGGUUGCCAAGGAUCUGCCGAUCCGCCGUCCCUUGAGCAGAAUAGAACCGGGGCUGGAGGAGUCCCGCUACAUGAAACGGGGCGACUACGAAAGUUGCUGGUCCAAUCGGUUUCAAUGGCUUCCCUGCGAAGUGCAGUUCGAGCCCGAGCCGCUAAAUGACACCAGUGUUCGGAUUACAUCCUAUGUGAACAAUCUCCAUCCGCAGCGCCAUAAGGGUCUGUAUAGACAGCUUGAGCGCCUCAUCGGAAGUGCUGUCCCUUCUUGGAACGACAUUCUGUUCUACGGUAACACCCGUGGACGCCGUCCGCCACGUAUCUUGACAUAUGGCUGCGAGGUCCACAACCGAGACGAAGAUCACGAAGUAUUCAAUUUGGUAUUCAGGUGGCUCACCUGGACUGUGCAGUGUGCUUCUUAUGAAGAGUGGCAGGAGCGUUGCGAUAUUGCCCGUGAAUACCUCGCAGGGCCCGAGCCACCAAGAUGGAAGCAGGCCUGCAUGAGCUACGGAGCUCGAUGGGAAGACAUGACCAAAGCGAUGUGGGACAUUCCAAAACACGUGCGCAUUGCUCUCAAUUCGAAAAGAAGACGAAAAGCUUGGUUCGACCAUCCCGAGCCCGGUGUCUCAUGCACCUACGAACAAUGGAGACAAGGUCAAUGUACAGGACGCGCGAUCCAUCCGCAGCGCGUUGGAAAGUACCCGGAUCCACAAGACCAUCACCAUGUUCCAGUGAGACUCGAGCAGCGAUUUCGGCACGAAGGUCUCCAAGUCGUGGUGGAAAUUACUCGCAUUGAACUCACGCCCGAGAAUCCUGUGUAUUCUGGAGAAAGCCACUUCCACAUCGAGGGCCUCCGCAACGACCACAUUGUUGCCACCAGUUUAUAUGCGGUGCAAUGCAAGAAUGUAACGCAGGCCCGCGUGGUGUUCCAGCACGAGGAUCAAGUCGAUACGGAUGAGCUUCAAUGCGAGGUCCCGGAGGCGCUAUCGCUUGUUCUAGAUGUUGGAGCCUGGCCAAAUUACGAAGAGCCCCCUCGCGCACUACAUACUUUCGGAUCUGUCGGGACUACAGAGGGCCAUCUUCUGAGCUGGCCUAAUACUUAUCGGUCGAAGCUAGAGUCAUUUCAACUAAGGGAUGCCAGUCAGCCCGGCCAUAUGACCCUUGUCAAACUUCGCCUGGUGGACCCUCACUAUCGGGUUUGCUCCACACGGAAUGUUCCGCCCCAGCAGCAUCAGUGGUGGGCCGCGGCGGCGGAGCAAGCAUCGGAUCUGGAUAAGCGCUUGCCACGAGAGCUGGUACUUUCCGUCAUGGAUCAAACGGACUGCUGGCCUAUGUCUGAGCUCGAUGCACGGCGCUUACGAGAGGAGUUUCAUGGUGAUCAUGAACGCGCUCGAACGGCGAUCGAUAAAUGUGUGGGGCGCAAUAAUGCUCUUUUGCUACUCCAGGAUGUAUGA